AAGAAAAUGUAUCUUCUCAUUUUCUGUUCAGGCUCCGGCACAGAUCAGUUAGCUAAAUUCGGCCUGCUGAACAUGUAUGUGGACAAUAGAGUUCCAUUCAGAUUCAGAAACCACGCCCAUUUAUCGGCAGUUCGCCUCAAUUCUAAAAAAGUAUCCGCCUUCGCAUUCAAUCCAAGUCUAUGUUAAGGAGGGACACCGACGCGCAAGGCCAGAUCGACGUAUCAGAAACUCGCUUAUGGGGGAAUUCUAUUGCAAUGACUCGAUUUACCCUAUCGCUUUGAUACCAAAUAGAGGGGCGGUCACAGGACGUCUCGCAAGUCCACGAAGGGCCCGUAUUACGAGAGAGUUAGUGCCAUUGUGCGAGUGCGUCAAACGCCGGGCGCACGCGUUAUGGUUUUCAUUGUUCACUGUUGACCUGGUCGUUGUUUGGUAUGACAAAAUAUAGCAGCCUAUCGUCUCAAAAAUGGAUAUUCUCACCUUCUUUAGACACAAACGGAUUAAAGGGGAUAUCGCGCGCCAACGAUUCUGCCUACUUUUUACAUUUUCUCGGGCGGUGAAAAUGACCCGUCUCAUUUCCUAUUCAUAAGUCUGGCGCAGGCCAGUUAGCUAGAUUAGGCCUGCUGAACGUGUGGACAACUUGAAUAGGGUCCGCAGUUGGGUUCCAUUCAGUAACUUGCGUAUGACUUAAUGAUGCUUUGAUUCCGACUGAAUCGAGGGAAGAGCAUUGGAUUUGUCGUAGGAAAUACGGGAAGUGAAUCUUAUGCAAUUUUGUGGGCGGAUAGCAAAACUAUAUCAGGGUCCGCUCUGGCCUACGCCCUUGGGAUAUACUAUUCUAUUAUGUGACUGAGAUUCGCGGUCGAACUAGGAUCAGAGAGGAAACUCUGCAAUGCCCGUAGUAACUUUUUGUGGACGCCCUCAUCAUUCUGAUUAGCCCAAUUCGACUUUUGGCACUCGAUGUCUAGCUUUAGUGGAGACAUUUACAUAAUACAUCCACACCUUGAGAAGUGAUUCGACGAGACCGGUCCCCGCCCUGCCGUGGUCGCUGCCGCGAUACGACACAACCAAGAUUUUGCCGGACUCCUACGAGGCGAUGGAUACCAAGAUUUUGCCGGACUCGGCGUCAAAGUCAAAUAUUGGUUCCCCUAAAGCCGAAAACGGGCUGGUGGGAAAAACUGACCAGACAUUUGAGGCCCUGGUACUGAAAAAUACUGGAGAGUUCGGAAUUUAUCAAAUUCGUCUUUUUGCGGUGCUGACGAUCAUGGACCUUCCCAUAGCGACAUGUAUGAGUCUCUUCAUCUUCUCGGCUGCCAACCCCGGCUGGCAUUGCGGGAGGUUCGCGGGUUCGAAUGUGACUCACAACGGGACUUGGCCGAAUAUUAGUACAGCUGAGAUGUGUAAAAUGGAUGGGGCGCGUUGUGAGGAGUAUGUUUUUAAGGAGGAUUUCACCUCCAUUGUGACCGAUUGGAAUCUUGUUUGCGACGAUGCCUACAUUCCUAAGAUGACUGUUAGUAUUCAGAUGGUCGGGGUCCUGCUAGGCGCCAUCCUUGCCGGCCAGGCCGCGGACACCAUCGGGAGGAAGAAGACGCUACUGAUCGCAGCCAUCAUGCAUAUGUCCAUGCAGUGUCUGUCGGCAUUGUCGAACUCCUGGCAGCUUUACGCGGCGAUAUCAUUCAUCAAAGGGGUGUUCCUGGCUGGAUCCAUCAGCAUCACUAACACCCUCCCGAUGGAGUUCAUAGGCCCGCGGUACCGCACACUAGUCGGCUCCCUGGGUGCCUGGGGCUUCGGCUAUUUGAUCAUGGCCCUGACAGCGUGGAGGUUGGUCACUUGGAGAUAUCUAGCCCUAGCCACUGGACUCAUGGGGGCUCCUUUAAUACUUGGAAUCGUGCUGUUCGUCCCGGAGAGCAUCCGCUGGCUCAUCCAGAAAGGUCGUUUCGACGAAGCAGAGAAGAUCAUACGGGAGAUGGCCCGCGUGAACAAGCGGGAGGUCCCUGACAUGUCCGUGCUGAAGCAGAUAGCCAAAGAAGCAGAGAAGAGGCAGAAAGAAGAGGGUCAGUAUAGUUACCACGACCUGUUCAGGACGGCGGAUAUGGCUAAAAGGGCGGCAGUCAUCAUGUUGUGUUGGUUCACAUGCAGUUUGUUCUCCUACGGGAUCAGCAAUAUGUUUGACACGUUCUCAGGUACUAUACACGUCAACAUAAGCAUCAGUGCAACCGUCUCUAUGGUGUCUGGCUGGUCUAUCAUCCUGUUUUCUGAUAGAUUCGGCCGCCGUAAAACCUUCUCCUCCUUUAUCGUGAUCCCGAUCGCCUGUCUGACAGGUGUGGUCAUAAUCGGCGCCCUCGGCGUGAAAUGGAAAAUGCCCGACCUCGUGACGGCCCUUGUCUUGAUUGGAAAGGGUGGCAUGACGGCAGUCUGGGCCAUUGCAACCAUUGCUACCAGUGAGCAUUUUCCUACAUUAUUGAGGAAUAUAGCUAUGGGCGCGUGUAGUACGGCAGCACGGGUGGCGGGGAUACUGGCCCCCCAAGUGGCAAUGCUGGGUCAGAUCAGCCAUUGGACUGUGCCGUACAUCAUCAUCGGACUGCUGUCUAUACUCUGUGCUGUCCUCUUCCUAGUUGUCCUACCGGAGACCAACAAGGUCCCUCUCCAGGAAGAGAUGCCCCCGAGACGGAGGAAGAAGCAUCAACACGCCGAGGAGAAUGGGAUAGAAUUGACUGAACCAUUAAACCAGGAGGAAGAGAAGAAGACAAAUGGGCACAUUGGAUAGAACCGCGCCAUUGCUUGGACUACGCUCAUGGUUUGACUUUGGCUGAAUAGAUGUCGCUGCAGCUGAGCUUCAAUUUUUUGGGACAACUUGUAAACAAAGGCAUCUUACGGUUUAUUGAUCUCCACAUGCCCUUUUCAGCACAGUGGCGUGUGGCGUUUUUUAAGAGCCUUUAAAUAUUAUUUGCAUGUGAUCAGAAAUUGUUUCUGAUGCAAUUACAUGUACAUGUACAUUACAUGUAAAUGUAUCACGGAUCAUGAUCAAGUAUAAAAUAACUUUUA